GGAACAUGGUCUAGGGGAUGGGGAUAAAUACCCUGGGUUCUGUCGCUGAUUCCUUUUAUUUUUAUUUAGCUUCUAUUGUUUACCAUUGUUGAAAGGUGAACUCAAUCGAACAUUGGAUAUUGUCAGGAUGAGACCUAUUACGCUCCUUUCCCUUGCUUCUCUCGCUUAUGCGGAGAACCUCAUCCCCACCACUUGUUUCGACUCCUACACUUCCCUGGAAGAGUACUUCUCCUACCUCUACCCAUGGGGUAGCGACCAUAACGGCUCAGCCCGUAUGGUCGGCAACUCCACCGACCACGAUUACGUCUCCGUCGAGUCUGGCACGCUGACGCUGGUCGCAAAGCCGACCUCGGGCCAGCCGGCAACCAGUGGCGGCCAGGAGAUCAACUAUCUCUCUGGCGCAGUGCAUUCCAAGAACACGUUUACUGUUGAAGCGGGCUCUGGCUUCGACAUCGAGGCUGAGUUCCAGGCGACUACUGAUAAGGGAACUUGGCCAGCUUUCUGGUUGAAUAGUGCGGAGAGCUGGCCGCCCGAGAUUGAUAUGGCCGAGUGGAAGGGAACGGGGCAAAUUACCUUCAAUGUCUUCAAUACCUCUUCCGAAGUCAUGAACCACAACACGGACUACCCGUCUCCUAGUGACUUUCACAAGGUUAAAACCCAGGUCCGUGCCGAGAACGACGCCGAUAUCAUGGUUAAGUACUUCCUCGAUGAUGUAGAGGUUACGACUCAAUACGGGGCCGACUAUGUCGGGAAGCCUUUGUAUCUGAUUAUCAAUUUGCAGAUGGAGGGAUCAUCCGGAUCCCCUGGACCUAGCACUGACACCUACUACCGUGUGAAGAACCUAUCCUUUGAUCAGAUCUAGAGGUGGCUUAGAUCUAGGAAGGACAUCGGAGAAUAGCUGGUAGACAGGAGGCCUUAAGGACGAUCGCAGUGGAAAUUAGCGGUCGCACAACGUUGUAGGAGCUCGAGGAUCUAUCGUCAUAUCAGUAGACUUUAAGGAGAAUUUAGCCCUUUACAAAUUGACUUUUCUUUAGAUGA